CCAAGAGAAUGGAAUCUCAAGAGUAGGGUGGAGAAAUUCACCCAAAUUGGGUAUUUUCAAAACUGUCCCAGAGAUUCCAUCCCAUGGUAGCAGCUACUUAGCUGCAACCCAGGCAACAGCUAAAUUUUUUCCACAUACUCCAAUAUAUAAGCAGCCUAAGGGCUCUCGGUUGGUCUCCGCCACAUAUCGUCUCCACGGACAAUGUUUUCCCUGGCACGACCCCAGUGACGAACUCAAAUCUCCGAUCACAUCAUUGGUCUCUUCCCUUACUUUUUACUCCUCGACUACUGCUGCUUACUUAUAUUGCCCUUCGCACAUCAUAGCUUCCAUUGCGAACCACUCUUCAAUCACCCCAUCCCAAGCCCAUCUUACACAACCAUCAAGCCCAAAUGACCACCACCAUGCCUAUCGGAACCUCCAAACCCAUCUCGGCUGUGGCAACGCCAACCGAUCGUGAUUUUCAAUCAACAUGGACUCACCGCGCGUGGGUUGCGAUUGGGUGCACUUCCGUGCUUGUUUGUCUAGCAAAGUCGGUCAUGGCCGCUUCAGAGAGGAGCCCAGUCAUGUGGUUUGUGCCCCUUCUCGCUGGCUACUUCGGCUACCUACUUAUGGACCUUACUUCCGGAUUCUACCAUUGGGCGUUCGACAACUACGGCGAUGCCUCGACCCCCUUGUUUGGGUCUCAAAUCGAGGCCUUCCAGCACCACCACAAGUGGCCAUGGAUGGUCACAAGGAUCCAGUUCGCCAACAAUAUCCACAAGUUUGCACGGGCGUUGGCAUUCGUGGUUGUUCCCAUAGACUUUGUAAGCAAAGAUAUGGUUGUCCAUGCCUUUGUAGGAGUCUACUUUGGGUGUAUCAUGUUUAGCCUACAGAUCCAUGCAUGGGCCCAUGGGACCAAGAGUCGUCUCCCUCCAUUAGUGGUGGCGUUGCAAGAUGCUAGUGUGCUCAUCUCACCCUCACAACAUGACCACCAUCACCCACCUCAUAACAACAGUUACUGCUCAGUGAGUGGAGUAUGGAACGAGUUUCUGGAAAGGAAAAGGGUGUUUGAGAAGCUGGAAAUGGAAUUGUUCCUUAAGUUUGGGGUGCGACCACGGUCCUGGAACGAGCCCAGCUCUGACUCGACUGAAGAAAUUAAGGGAGAUUGAAACCAUAUCCGAGCCGUUUAUUCGGGCUAAAUGAUUUUUACAGGUUUUGUUUUUUAUUAUUUGCUGGUUUGUUUUAAUAGUU